AAACAUAAACUUCCUUUUUCGAAAAGUAAAUUUAAGCAAAACCCAACCAAAUCAUGUCGAUCAUAAAGUGCUGCUUCGAACCGGUCGAGAUGCCCGAGUUUCUGGACUCGUUCGUGAAAAAGUGCACGGAAGGAUGUUGUUGCGGAUGCUGUUCGGCGCUGCGGCCGCGCUACAAGCGCCUCGUGGACAACAUCUUCCCGGUGAAUCCGGAGGAUGGCCUGGUCAAGGCCAACAUGGAAAAGCUGACCUUUUACUCGCUGCGUUCGCCGGAGAAGCUGGACCGGAUCGGAGAGUAUCUGUACCAGCGGGCCUCGAAGGACAUCAACCGGAAGCGGUACAAGUUUGUGGAGAUUGCGAUGGAGUCGAUGGAUUUGCUGCUGAUGGCGUGCCACGCGCAGAUUCUGAAUUUGUUUGUGGAGAGCUUUUUGCGGAUGGUGCAGAAGCUGCUGGAGGAUACGAAUCCGACGUUGCAGAUCAUGGCGACGAACUCGUUUGUGCGGUUUGCAAAUAUUGAGGAGGACACGCCGUCGUACCAUCGGCGGUAUGACUUUUUCAUUUCGAAGUUUAGCUCGAUGUGUUACGGGAACAAUGACGAUUUGGAGCUGCGGGAUAGCAUCCGGAUGGCGGGGAUUAAGGGGCUGCAGGGUGUCAUUCGGAAGACGGUGUCGGAUGAUUUGGUGGAGAACAUUUGGGAGAAGCAGCACAUGGAGAAAAUUGUGCCGUCGUUGCUGUUUAAUAUGCAGUCUGUGAGUGGAAGUAAGUCUGUGGACCAGGAGGCGACUCCUUCGACUCCGCCGGUGCUUGCCGAGGCGGUUCUUCGUGAGUUGGUUUCGCGAGCUUCGUUUGGGCACAUUCGCGCUGUUUUGAAGCCACUGUUGAUGCACAUGGACAACCACAAGCUGUGGGUCCCGAAUCGGUUCGCGAUCGACACGUUCCGGAUUGUGAUGAUCUCGAUUCAACCGCAGUAUUCGUACACAGUUGUGGAGACGCUCAUGUCCCAUCUGGACCAAAAUCUGGCGUCUUCUCCGAAGACACGAACUUCGUUGGCGGUUGUCCUUUCGAAGAUCAUUGCAAUCGCCGCCGGCGAAAGCGUCGGGCCAUCGGCCCUGGACAUAAUCAACAAUUUGCUAACCCACCUGAAGACUUCCGUCAGCACUCAACAUGAAUCAACUCCGGAAGAGACCCAAUAUCAAGAAGCCCUAAUCAACGCACUCGGCGAGUUCGCCAACCAUCAUCCAGACUACCAAAAGAUCGAAAUUAUGCUCUUCAUCAUGAACACCGUUCCGGAUCCAUCGAAAAAGAACAAAGGCGACACUCUGCUCCAGAACAUCCUCCUGAAGUCCCUUCUCAAAGUCGGCACCCAAUACCGCACCGUCUCCUUCGAAAAGGCCUUCCCCGUGUCCUUCCUUCAACCCCUGCUCAAAAUGGCCCGUGCUUCUUCCCUCCCCAUCCGGGUCAUCGUGAUGCAAAUCUUCCAGCAGCUGCUCGAUCGUCACCAAAACCAACAUCUGAUGAACCUGAUCAGCAUCAACAACUAUCCGACGCUGACCGUGGAGCAACCUUCCCGCUCGGACAUCCUUUUCACGCACAAGUACGGAUCGAACAUCCUGCAGGCGCUGAUCGACGCCAUGACCCAGGAGAACAACAUGGAGAUCCUGAAGCCGACCUACAACACCGCAGGCCUGAUGGUGGUCGAGAUGGCGUGCGGCGAAACGGUGCAGGAGUUCCUGUUGUUUGUACUGGGUGUUCAACAGGUGGCCAUCACCGAGGCCGAGCUGUCGCCGAAGCAUCGCUGCAACCUGCACAGCAUCGCCAUCUCGCUUCUCAUCCUGAUUGGCCGCUGCACCGGCAUCUCCACCCUCGUCGAGUACGCCGAAAAGAUCAUCCAGGCGCGCAUGGAAGAGGCCACCUAUCUGCUGCCACCCCUGCUGGACAACGAAAAGUCCGCCCCAAGCACCCUGAACACGAAUCUGCCCCACCUCAUGGUGGACAAACUGGCCAUCGCCGAGUGCAUUCAGCAGGCCGGUCUCGAGCACAGCCGCGUCCAAACGGGCACGCCCUACUCCCUGCACCAAACGGACAUGUCCGCCCAUCGGCACUCGUGGGUUGACACGAGCAGCGCCGCCCGCAACAGCAUCGUGGACGCCAACUACAACGACAUCGAGUCGGUCAGCAGUUCCCCGGGAGUGCAGAAGCGUUCCCUGGCCUCCGAGUUCAACUUCGAGUCGAUGAAGCGCGUGCUGGCGGAACCAACGGAAGCGUCCAAGCGGGAAGCCCGCGAGAAGCAGGCCGCAAUCGGGCGGACGUUCCGCGAGACGGCGUUUGAGGAUUUGGUUCGGCGGACGGAACCCAAGCACGACGUCAUCCAGGACAAGUUGAACGAGAUUUUCAACUCGCUUUCUACGGAGCGCCAGAUUGGCAGCUGUGCCGGGCAGUUGGCCAAGCUCGAGGCGUCGGCGGUGGAUGGGGGUGGGGCAGGGGGAGGGAAGUUGAACCAGCAGCGGGCGGUCUACGAGAACAACUUCCCCGAGCUGUUCUUUUACUAGGGAUGUGAGGUGGUGAAAGUGUUACGCGUCACUGUUGUUACGGUGGUUUUAUCUAGUGGAAAUGAUUUAUAUUUUUUGUUAUUUUGUGGUUUAUUUAUUGUUGGCUAGUCGGGAUGAACGCUUUAGGUAAAUUGGCGGAAGAGGGAAAAGUAGAUGAAAAAAGGAAUGUAUUUUAAUUCAUUGUUCUAGAACACACAGUUGUAACUCUCACAAAAAAUGGUAUUAAAAAAGGUCACGGUUGACGUUAAAUUCGUUUGUGAUGGGAUUGUGGUAGAUUUCCAAUAAUAAAGUAUUCUAUAAUUCGCAAUAAAAA